AUGGAAGACUAUACAAUCAUCUUACUCAUCAAAGGAGGCAAUCUGUCAGGGGCCAACAGCUAUCAGGCGCUAGUCCAAAACACCUUUGGAUUUCCAGGAUUACUCAUUUUAUCAGCACUGCAGUUCCUCUAUCCGUUCAUUGCUAUGAUCAGCUACAACAUUACAACAGGUGACACACUGACCAAAGUGUUUCAGAGAAUUCCUGGAGUUGGACCAGAUCACAUAGUUGCCAACCGCCAUUUUGUCAUCGUGAUAUCUACAGUCUUAUGCACGUUGCCUCUCUCACUUUAUCGAAAUAUAGAGAAACUUGGCAAGGUUUCAGUCAUGUCAAUAGUACUGACUGUUGUCAUUCUUGUUAUUGUAAUCAUCAGAGCAGCAACUUUAGGACCUGAAAUUUCCCCGACGGAGGACGCUUGGCUUUUUGCAAAGUGGAAUGCGGCUCAGGCAGUCGGUGUCAUGUCUUUUGCCUUUAUUUGCCACCACAACAGCUUUCUGAUCUACGGCUCUCUGGAGCAACCCACACUCACCAACUGGACGCGGGUCACUCACAUCUCUGUUGGCUCAGCGCUAAUAAUCAGCGCCGUGUUUGCGUUGGCAGGCUAUGUCACCUUUACGGGAUACACUCAAGUGUUCUGCUCCACCAACCAGGGUGUUCUGAGCGCCACCCCUCUUAUAUUCAUCCUCCCAGCUGCAUGCUUCCUCAAACUCUCCUCCGGACGCUGGUACCACCGUGAAAACUUGAUGCCCACCUUCUUGAUUGUCCUCGGAGUGUUGGUCAUGAUCACUGGCUUGACCAUGACAGGCCUCAACCCUCAAGACUGCUCACAUGGAAUGGAGUUGUUCUACUGUGCGGAUGCCAAUGUUUCUACUACUGCACCACCUGUAUGA